AUGAUGAGGGAUUUCUUCCCCGAUGUCCACACUUCGAACUCUUCGGAUAUACAGUUGGGACCAGGUCUCAGUUUCUGGAAAAAAUUCCAAGGAGAGGUUGAGUACGACGAAGUCGAGGUGCCGGAUGUUGUUGCUCAAAAGGCACAGGGUCGUGUGGCACAGAAGGGAGGUGCAGAGGACGGUAUUAAGGGUAGGUUAAAGGUGCUUUUCUUACCGCUUUUUAUGCUUCUCCUAAGGGAGAAAGGCAUAACAAGCGGGGUAAGCGAGCACCAAAAGCCUACCUCUAACGGUAGUAUAGGAGGUGGAGGAGCAACUCCUGUGACUGAAGAAGAUGCCGAAUUUGAUGUCCUCUUCACUCCUUCCUCUACUCCGCCAGCGUCUGCCGAACGCAAGACAGGAAGGAAAAUCAAGCGGAAGUAUGAGGUAUAAUGAGAUUGAGGAAACGGUACACGAGGAUAAUUUUUAACUUCCUAAUGCAAGACCACGAGCAAGAGUAGACACUCACUAGGAACAGCAGUUAGUAGGUGAAAGCGGAGCAGAAGGAUCUCCAUGAUUGUUCAUUGUAUCAACUUCAACUCCCUAGUACUCGUCCUCGACGUCUCUCAUUCUUCAACACACAUUCAAGCUCAUCGCUCUUAAUUCAGGUCCACUUCGUCGCCUUGGACUUGCGGUCUUUUAACGACCUGUGUGUCACGAACCCGUUUUUUAGUUGGAUGUAUUCAACAUCUAACACAUGGAAGCCUGGUCCGUUUGUGAAUGCAUUGUUAUGAACAGGGACAACAGCAUUCAUAGAAAUAUGUGUAUCAUUCAGUGUGAGCGUCAGGUUUCUGAAAAUCAAAUAGAAGGAAUAGAUCUGCUGGAAUCAUUUAGAUCUGCUGGAAUCAUCAGUGCCUACGUCUUCAUUUCAAGCCCGAACGCUGCAGUAUUACAGUCGCAAAUUGUGGAUCCCCGUGGCUGCACUUCUUGGGCGAACGAAGAGCAAUCUUACGAAGGUUAUUGUAUAUUCGUGCACACUUCUCAACUUAUGCACCUACUUAAGAAGAGAGGGGUCAGGAAAUAGUUGGCUUAGUUGUUUAGGCGUUGGCCUGUUCACUUAUCAGGAAACAACGGUGACGAGAAAUGACGAUAGUGAUGGGAUGAUAUAUUUGGCUUACCCAGCACGAGUUCUACUCGUCUUUUACUUCUUCACUCCAUAUCAUCGUCUUUGUUUAGCUCUAAGAACUACGCAAAUAUCAAUCUUGUAGGCACUGAGCAAUUUGGUUGGUUCCAGAACACGGUGAGGCAAAUCUUUGAUGACGGCAAAGACCUGACAAAAAUCAUUGCUGACGCAACGGAUGAAUCAACAACUGAAGGUAAGUACAAGUAGAAGUAGAAAUACUUACUUAUAUGUAAAUAUGAAAUUAUAAGCAACAUCAAGAUCAACAACAACUACCAUCACUAUGAUAGUAUCACUUUCACGUGUGACCAGGUAAACUUGCCUCAUCACGAGGACAACUACGUUUGAGAAAACUACGUGACCACUUGACCAGGUGAUGACAUUCCGAAGCUUCUUGUGGUAGGAAGUUCAGUCCAGGUGUUGACGAAAAACCCGAUUUUUGAAGGCUGGCAUCAUAAUACCCGAGACCUCGAACACCUGUUCAAGAUACUGCGACCCUAUAAGAACUAUGGCUUGGGUCUUGGUCUUAGAGGACUUGACUCAUCUGAAUCUUAGAAGAUCAAGAUGGGUCCUCUUCUCAAAAAAGAAGGCCACAUUCAACAUACUCACAACAUGCUUUUACAUAUAAUUAUUGUUUGUCGUAGAGGAAGUUUCCGGUUCCACUGGACCUGGAGGUAAUUUUUUAGAGGUGGGAUCGAGUACUACGCGUAAUACUGUCUCUGUUUCGUCGGGGUGUAAUAGUAAUUACACCCCGAUAAUUUGAAUUUGCAUGAACAUUUUCUAAUUCCUACGAGUCCUCUUUCUUUCUGGUGAUGUGCACUUUGCGGAAGCCAACACUGACGAUGGAUAUCUGGAAAUUACGAGCAGUGGAAUCACGCACAAGGUACCUACCUACUACACCUAUUUUUGUUUAAUAGAAGUAAAUGCUAACCUAACAUUGCCUGUAUUUCUCGGCUCUUAUCUCUUGCUUACCAGUUAAUAGAAAGACUUUGUUCGUUUGAGAAGAUAUUGCGUCCUUUGGUCUUCUACGGUCCACCUCUUUAGUGCCUGCUUCUAUUGGAGGCAUCGCCUCUACCUUAUUUUGCACCAUCUCCUGGUCGAAGAAGCACGACCCCCCAAAAGUAUACGAAAGCAAGUGUGCUACACACAAAACAAGCUGAACAACACCCAACAUGAUCAGCCCUUCAAAUUCGAUUUCAAUGCCCAACAUCAGCCCUUCAAGUUCGAUUGGGCUACAGAAGCGGCCUUGUGGAUGUUCCAGACGAAUCGAUGGAAAGGCCCAUAUGUUAACCACAAUUUUGGCCGCUUUCGCGUUGACGAAGGAAAGCUUAUCGAAAGAUUCAAAGCGGAAAACGUCGAGAGAGUGCUCGCGGAACGACGUAAGGAGGCACACGAAAUAGAGGAAGAAGCAGUAUUUGUUAUGGCGUAUGGAAUUGCUCCCAAUUCAGAUAAAAGCAUGCAGUUGAUGUAGUACACCUGCUUAUUUAUCAGUCUUGGAUAGAAUCAGUCUCGGAGGACUCCGAGGUAGUUCUUCUUCAUCCUUCUUCAACAUCUACUGUUGAACAACAACCAAGAAUACGAAUAACAUAAGUAGUUUCUUCUAACUCCUUCGAAGCUGAAAGAGACAGCCCUGUUGAAAAGGGACAUUCGUCGGCUACUUCCUCUCUUGACGACUUGAUGCUAGGAGAAAAGCUGUACGAGGAGAUGCAUGCAAAGAGGAUGGCUGUACCCUAUGCAGUGGACGUCUUUGGACUUACGCAGACGAGGACGAGUGCAGAGAAGGAGUCGGAUUAUGAUUGGGUCUGUGAAAGAAAUUUUGAUGAUUUGGUGGAGGGACCGCUGAAAAUCUUGAAGUUGUUACUUUUAGCUUUAGUACAAAAGUGUCUAUUAAUUAAAUUACCAGAAUGAAGAACUCCCCGGGCCGGGUGCCCCGGGCGACGUUUAAGAAGGGAAAAAAAUAUGCUAUGGCGGCGGCGGCUCACCCGAAUGGUUUCACAAGGUGCCGAAGGGCGCGCACCCCCCGGCGCGCAGGGGAGGGCCGUUGGUUAAAGUAAGGGGGAAGCGUGGCAGUACUUCCACAGUUUUCCCUUAGAAGUGUGGCAGUACUGCCAAUUUUUUAGGUGAAAAGCUUUUGACGUUCUUAUGAUGAUCAGGCAGGAAGAUCAGCGAAGAGAUCACCACUAAAUCACCACUACCGACACGCCAAAGAGCUGGGGGCGCCCAGUCUUCAGACUUGGCGGCCUUGUGCGCGGCGUUUUUUAAGCAGUUUUUUCAGCGUUUUUUUUCUUACGGUUUUUAGCAUAGAGCUUUUCGGUGUUUUUUAAAAUGUUGGCGAAGAAAAUGACGCCUGCGCAGCUGAAGAAGGUCGAGCAAGGGAAGCACGGCACGAGGGUGCUGCAGGUGAUUGACGGGGCAGGGCGGACGCAAGCGGUCACGGCGGUGGCGGCUGGGCUCAUGGGCUGCAGUGACGUGAAGGCACAGGGCUGCGGCGCCGCGCUUGGUGUAACUGUAAUCCUCCGGAGAGAGCGCCACUUAAGGGCAGCGGCAUGCAAGGAACGCGCCAAGGAGCUGGGGGCGCCCGGUCUUCAGACUUCGCGGCUUUGUGCGCGGGGCAGAAACGCCGGGCGAGGCAGUUCGGAGGCGGCGGACGUGCUGGAAGGUGAGAAGAAGUGGGCCAACGCGCGGGGCCAUUGUUUGCGGAAAGCGUGAAGGGAAUAAGAGAGGGAAGGAAAACGCGACGAGGAGAAAGGGGACGAGACGCAGGAGGGCAAGGGGGUAAGGAGGAAAGAGGAAGGCGACAAACAGGAGAAGGGGCGAGACCAAAGGCAGCGCGGGGAAAGACCGAAAGAGCGGCGAAGGUUAAAGAAUGAAGACCGGACAAGAACAAGGAGACAAACAGAGGGACGGCUCACCACUAUGAAAAGAAAAAACGCGCGGGGCCUCCCUAAUGGGCUCCAAUUUUUGGCGUGCAGCUUUUCUGCCAGUGUGUUCGUUGCAUCGGUGAGAGUGAGCAAGCAAGACAGGAGAGAGAGAGAGCGAGGGGCCGCGGGCGCUUUGCAUAGGUAGCGAAAGAAAGAGGAGAAGCCGCGGGUGGUUGUCUGUUGUCGGUAGUGCAAAGAAAGCGGAGGCCCGUGAGUGUGUUUCGGUGGGGUGGUGUGGUCGGUUGUCGUUGAGGGGCGCGGGCUGGUCGCAGUGAGCGCGGGUGCUUGUGGUUCUCUUCUCUCUCUCUGUCUUGUAUGAAUGUUCGUGGCCCCGUGUCUGGACGAUAGCGGGCAACAAAAUGAACAACUAAAACAAAGGAAACGGAGGCCCGCGGGGGCUGUCUGAAAGGGGUAGGUGGGAACCUGUUUCCAAGGUGAUAGCAACAAGCAACUAAGCGCCGGCGGGCAGUCAAACACGGAACGCCAUCCAUCGGCGUGAUUUUCAACGCGUUCGUUGGCCAUAGUUGUCGCGGGUGUCUGUGGGUUUUUUCUCUUUUCUCUCUCUGUCUUGUUCGUGGCCCCGUGUCCGAACUAUAGCGAACAGCGAACAGCCUGGAAGUGUGUCGCGUUUUAGAAAGCAGCACACGGCGCGCCUGUUGUUCUGGUAGGGCUAGGGCCUUGGGCUCGGCCUUACGUACUUCUACAAGUAAAAAAAAAACGCGUCUAACUCAGGGGCCAGCACGAGCAGAAGUGGACUGCAACUUCUGUUUUGACGGUCACACAGGAAGAAUUUGCUCAUUUUGAGAGUGAGGAGAGGCCAAAACUAGCGGCACGUGCGAGAUCAAUGCGAGCUUCCGCAAGCUAUAUACUGUUCUUAUGGCAGCAAGAAAUGCAAUAUUUCUAACGGAAAUACUACUUGGUUGACACGUUUGUGUUAAAAUCAUGGGUCACUAGCAGAGAGACAGAGAAAAAGAAAUCAGCUUCAUUACCAGGCACGUCCUCGAACUUCUUGUCUUCUUUGAGGAGAUAAGAGAUUAGAGUCCAACGCGAAACAAGAGGAGGUGACUUCUAACCUCCUUGGUUUUGAUAUUAUCGUGCAAGCUGUUCUUCCGUUACCGAAAUACGUGGAAAGCCUACUGGCAGAUGCGGGAAAUCACAAAGGCGAAGGAAGCCUUGGCAAAAAAACAGAGAGCUGUCAACAAUGGAAGUGGAUACGAACACAAAAAAGAUGAUGAUCAUGACGAGAAUCAGGAUGGGGAUGGUCAUGGCGGAAAAGAUCAUGGUGAGGCCGCUUCAUCAAGAUCAACGACCAAUACCGGCAAAUCAACAGCACGAAAUCGAACAAGCAAUUCGAACACAAACACUUCAUCAACAUCAACUUCGACUUACGCACAAACUGCCACUUUGAGAGCAGCAACAGAAGGAGACCAACACGACCAAGGACGCGCUGGAGCAGAUAUCUUGCAGCGAACAGCUAGUACUGGUGGUGGUGGUGAAAACGAGCAACGGGCAGUACUACAGCCAAGCAACACUGAGCUGCAACCAAGACGUCGCGUCUCGAGUUCGUGGAUGAAACAAGAUCAGUCUCCUAGUAAAAGGGAACUACAACACGUUAAAGAUCAAGAACAAGGUCUUCAGGAAGUUAUGAACGACGAGGGCACAAGUUCGUCUUCUUCUUCAAGACCACCAAAGAGGGAUGGUGCAUCCGCGAGCACGAGCACAACUGAUUUCCUACCUACAAGUACAUCUUCAAGUUCUUCAAGUGGUCAACAACUACAUAGUGGAGGGUCUAUCUCGUCAUCUUCCUUCUUAAUUCCUGAACAAGUAGAAGUAUUAGAGGACCCUGUUUUCGCAUUUGGAACACUCGGCGGCCAACUCGAUUUUCCGGGAGCACCACCAGGACUCGUCUCAUCAGGAUCACCGUUCACGUUUGCCCCCUCGCCUUCCUCUUCUCUAUGAUUGAAAAAGGAUAAUAUAUUAUAUUAGUAGAAGUAGCUCUAGUUUUGUUUUAUCCUAACAAAGAUGCUUAUAAGGAAGACAAGAGUAGUUGUCCCCUUCCUCGAUCCUGGUCGUGGAAACAGUAUGUACGAACUACUCUUAUCAACAAGCACAGAUCAUCAACGGAGUCGAAGAGCUAAGGGCCAGGUUAGGGUUACUCCUGGUCCUGGUGAUCAAAAUGAAAAUUUGGUAGACUAACUAAGACUUGACUCAAGUUCAAGGAGAUACAAUAAGCUUCUACAUCUUCUCGGCACAACAACUAGUACUGCUACUGCGAAAAAGACAUGAAAAAGCAAAUCCAUGAUCAUGAUCAUGCAUUUUCGAAAACUGAAAAUCAAAAUAAGCGAGUUACUGACUGAAAUAAAAUAAGAGUCUCUACUACCUUCUUCUUCUUUCAGUAAAUCCCUCUUUCAUUCUGUAGCUGUUCUAGCUCUACUUUGCUGCCCAGUUUGGCUAGUGUACUUGCUGGUCUGCAGAGCAGUCGUCCAGAAGGCGGUGCUCCUAGUCGUGCACCAAAUGCUAUCGGCGUACCCACGAUGAGUUCAGCGUCUUCGUCUUCGACGUCACUGAAAUUAAGGACAUUCAUUCAUUUGUGUCUUAGACAGUACUACUCCACUGCCAGCAAGACAAGAUAGUAACGAACGGCGUGUCUAAGAAGACGGCCGCGGGACUAUUUACCCUACAUGAGGGGGUGACGGAUCAGACCUAUACCUGGUUCCUCUGGAAGAGAGGGGGCAAGGUUUGUAAGGACAACGAAGACGAACUAACUCUGACAACUUAUAAGCAAAAAACAACUACCAGAGAGUAGCAGAAUCAUUUGUAUGUUGUGGCAAAACUACAAUUGUGUUGACAACUAUCAAGAUGUCUAUGAUCUUCAUGAUGCCUCGUCUAAUGAAUCUAGUAGCAAAUACAGCGGCUUCUUCGUCCACGUCCUCCAGCGAACCUCCAGAUGGGGUAGUUGUACAGCCAUCAUCUGCUCAGCAAGGAACACGUGGGCAACGGACUCGGCGUGUUGGGGAUGUUAAUCUUAAUCCCCAUGAACAAGAUAAUUUAAGGCAAAGGGACUAGUUGUUCGUUUUGUGAAUGCUUGUUCUAUGCGUGGCAUAUGGGUGGUCUCACACCAGAAAGUCUCUCUAGUAAGUCCUCCAUUUUUUCAGUGGCCGUGGAGCUCCCUGUGAUUUUUAGUGUCUUGGUAAUCGUAUGGGACUGAUCAUCAACAUCUGCUAGUAGACAUCUUUUAGAUGAAGUUGUAGAUUCUAGGGAUGACAUUCUAUUCUCUAUUCUCUAUGUACUAUUCAUUCUCUAUCUCUUCUAAGUAGCAAUCACGAGACCGCUCCACGACGUCCUGCGCCUCAUCGCGCUGGGACGGACAAAACGCGCUCCCCAGGUCGACGCGCGCAUGAAUCCUCAGCGCAAGAUAUGGCGUGUUUACAACUACAAAAUAACUUGUGUUGUAGUGUAGUCUUUUCUUUCCUAAAGAAUAAAAAAAAAGGUUCAUCUACCACCCGUGGUAUGAUCAUGAAUCUUUUAUUGACUAAAGAACAUGAUGUUCUUGCUCCUGUUACACCAGGACGAUGAUAUCUAUGUCUUCUGCAGUACCAGUAGGAAUAGAAUGGAUAAAGAUCUUCAUAUACAGAGAAUCUCUCUUGACUUCUUCUCCACCUCAUCCACCUUUUGAUAGGAUUCACGCACUGAGUUCUCUCCAACUUCAAAGCUUCUUCUCCACUUCAUCUUGAUCAAAUCCUUUUCGACUGACUUCAUCUUAAUAGAAAUUCCACCUUUGCCUACUUCGAUUGGAUGAAGCUAUAAUAAAAAGUAAAACAUCUACUAGAAUCAUAAUUUUUUAUUUAUCAUCUUACUUAACCCAAUACUCUCUAAUCCAUGAGGUGGUUACUCCCCACCAUCGACGCUGUUGCAGGACGUGGAUCCCUUAGAAGGAGCACAAGGGGAUCACGGGGAGCACGUGGAGGAACGUCGUGGUCGCAUGCCUUGGAAUCACGAUGGGCUUAGUUUUGUGCAGUUAAGAACACAUUCAGUUGUAGUUCUUGUAGUGCAACAGGGAUCUUCAGUUGUACUUACAGUUUUAUUUUUGUUUUGCAAGCAGUUAAGAAACUCACUUGUUGUGCAGGGACGACCUUCAGUUAUCGAAAUAGUUGUGCAGAUGAAGUGGCAGUUUUUUUUUCAGAAAUAAAGUUGGUAAGUAUGCGCAGACGUGUAGUGUGAUUUGGAAUGUUGCUUUGGAUCAAUUAUAGUACAUCUUUUACGUUUUCGGCUAAGUGCAGAGCAGAACUCAGCAUUUUUUUCAUUCUUCAAUAAUUUCAGAUGCAGAAUCGUUUAUGCCGUUUUCAACUAGAAUUAUUUCCGUCUAUUUGAGUUUGUGUUUCGUGAAUUUCUGAUGAAUCAGUAAAUUUUUGACUUUAUCUCGUUUUUGGUAGAGUUAAAUCCAGACGAUGGCUUCUACAUCGUUUAUGCAGUUUUCUACUUAAAUAUCUUUCGUGUGACUGAAUAUUUGUUUCAGAAAUUCGUGAAAUCCAGAAAAUUUUGAUUUUAUCUUCUUUUCAAUGAAUUUGAAUCCAGACGAUUCGCUUUCAUCUUUCUUGUUCUUCAAGGAAAUAUAAAUUUUGACAUUUUGAGACUUUGGUACCUUUAAAUGCUUCUUUUUCAACGAUUUAUCAAAGUCUGCUUUGUUUUUCAUCUCGCCGUCGCUAUGCAGAUGAGUAUUUCUGUGGAUUGUGUCUUAUAUAUUUAGCUUUGCUGAUAAUGUUCCCGUUUUUCGCCCUUCACCGUCCAGUCUAAUGAAGCAGGGCGGCUCACCGAAUAAUGGUGGACCAGAGGUUGGUGGGAACGUCUUAAGGUCCACAACUUCCAGACGGACGAGAAAUGGUCAGCCUGAUGGUCAAAACAAUGAGACGAUAUUGUUAAGGCAAGUUGUAGGCAAUUGCUGUACUAGUCGUGUACAGAGAACAGGAGUGAACAGGACUGAACUUCUUGUAGCGUGAACUUGUACUUCUUGUAGCAAGAAACAGGAGUGAAUGUGAAUUUGUAGCAAGUCGUGGGAUUAAAUCAAGCAGGGGGGUUGUUGUACUGCUUAUUGAUUGAAAAACUAGAGCAGGGAAGAUUCCUGUCCAUGCACUAGUGUAGUACGACAUGAUUAAAAGCUCGUCACAGAACCGUUCUAAUAUCGACCCAGGUUGAAGACCAACAAGAAGCGCAAGUGGAGCCAGCAUCGCAGCACCAGUUCAACCUCGCUGAUCUUAUGGGCCUUUUCUUAGAAUCUAGAUCGUGCUGCUCUUACAUAGAUCUUGCACUUCGAACUUCGACCCUUGCCCUUCGCUCAUUACUUAAUACAGAUGCAGUCUCAAUGUUAUCCUUCCUGUUCUACUAAUCCUUUUUACUCUCACCUGCUUAUCCCACCAUCAAGCAACUGAGGACAUCUUCUAGUUCUACUAGCGCUACUAUACUUCACUUACUUGCUGUGUGAGUAAAUAACUGUUUAGUGUUUAAGUUAGAAAGCUAACGAAGAUUGAUAAGUCCACUAUCGUCUAGAACAACUGCAGUACUUGCUUUGUGAGUGCCGUAAGGUGAGGCUGCAGAAGUGGUAGCUAACACUUUCUCCCCCUUCCAAUACCGUGUCUCCUGCUAUGAGGCAUCUAGUUCGCCCUGCCGAGAAGGGUGCCAGGUGGAUGCACCAAGGAGGAGCGGGAGGUCGUAACGCCAAUCAGGUUAAGGCUCAACACAGCAGUACCUGUACUGGUGUCGUAGAGCAUAUGUUAACUAGUACCUUUUUAGGGAAAUCUUAGACAGUCCGCCGAAUAGAUUCGUAUUAUCAUAUGUUGACUAGUUUAAUUACCUCUAGGUCAUUCUUCAUCAACAGGUCACUUCUACAUGACCUCAUCUCAACUUUUCCCUAUUCCUUUCAUUUAGGAUUCAUUGGCAGAAAUGGAGUCACGAAUGAAUUGAUAAUUCAGAAUUGUUAGUUUUGAGCGCUAACCAGGGUGGCGGACAGCGAAAGCGCGGAUCGCGGAGAGACGGGAGUACAGGAGAGACGGGACAUAACGCAGCAGCCUCAAGAAGUAGCGGGUCGGUUGGAGGUGGAGGAGCUAACUUUAUGGAUUUUCCUGUCUAAGGAUCAUGGAAGACUCGAAUAGAUUAUCCUAAGAGAACUCGAAAUCGAAUAGAUUAUCCUACGAGACUCCCACUCUAAUAGAAGAACCUAAAUAGUUUCUCUGUGGAUAUCUUCGAGAUCCUCUCUCGAACUCGACAUCGCUCGUAAUCGUAUGUCGUUGAUCAUGAAUUAUUCCACCUUUUCUGAACAUUAUUUCAGUAUCUUCAUGAGACAUCACCACUUCGACGACGCUUGAGUUAGGAUUAUAUUUGAGCUCGAGAAACAGACUACCUGCUCUAAUAGUAAACAAGCUGGUCGAUGAAGAAUUGAAGAUAGAGGCGUGGUCAUCGUCACAGAGGACUAGAAAAAACGCAAGAAGAAAAAACGCGGUGAAGGCUAGAUGUAGUUGAUGAUUCGCGAACAGAACAGACUGCGACUGCGUGAAAAGAAGUGAAAGUAGUACGCGGCCUCUUGAUAUUCAUAGUAGAUACCCCCCCAACGCCAACGAUAAUAAUAAUUAACUGACUCUAAAUUAACCGUUCAUGAUCUACAUCUACUGCGUGCUUGAAUUUUUUCAAUCUAUCAUAGAAACGGAAAGAAGCAAAGAUAUUGAUGAACUGAGUCAAAAAAGAUCAUGAUACUCCUACAGCUGAAAGAACCGAUGUUUAGAUCAUACUUGGGACUUAAUAGACUGACAGACUCCUGCUCCUCUGAACGCCGCUUCUGCCCAUCUACUUGUUACAUCGGUCGACUGCAUCUAGUACGUCAGCCGAAUGAAGAUUACAAUGUAGAAGUUCUUAAUGUACUUUAAUGUACUUCGUCUUAGUAGUUGUCACAGAAGAAGUCAUAUUGUACGUACAUGUCCAUUUUUGAAACAAGACCUCACAUGGUACAUGGAUACGAAACGCCAUGCUGCAAAAGAAUGGAUCUUACCGUCACAAGAGGUUUCGUGACACAACAUGACAUGGCGGCUCUCAGUUGUGACUUCUGAAUGUAAUUUCUGUGAUUUAAUUGACCAUGAAAAUUGUGGAAAAACUGAUGCUAUCAAUUGUAGACCCAGGUAACAAAAAAAAUCGUAUUUUUCUUGGUGGCAGCGUGAUGAAUGAAUGAAUGAAUGCAUGAGCAUUGAUCUACAUCAAGAACCUCAACUUCUGCGCUACUGUAUGUUGCACAUCAUUCAUCAUCACAUUGGCAUGAUUGCCUUAUUGUUGUAGGAGAAGCUCAAGAUCAAGUGUGUUGUCAUAAUUAUCAGAAGGUGUGGUUGUAAGCAUGAGUAU